AGCUAAAGCGCAGAGAGACGGUUCAACAACCUCGGUACUGUUUCCAUUGACUGAUACUUUCAGCACUGAAUCUUAUUCAGGACCAUGGACAGCUUCCUAAAGUUGGAUGCAGCAGAAUUCCUGGAGAUCUGGCAGCGUUUUGACUCCGAUGAUAAUGGCUACAUUGAGGGUAAAGAACUUGAUGACUUCUUUUGUCAUCUUCUGAAAAAAUUGGGCACAAAUACAAUAACCACAGAGAAAGUCCAGAGGGUGAAGGACCGAUUCAUGUCUGCAUAUGAUGUCACUUCAGAUGGACGCCUACAGAUUCAAGAGCUUGCAAACAUGAUAUUGCCAGAGGAUGAAAACUUUCUGUUACUAUUCCGUAGAGAAACCCCCUUGGAUAAUAGUGUGGAGUUUAUGCGGAUUUGGCGGAAAUAUGAUGAAGACAGCAGUGGAUUUAUUUCUGCUGUGGAACUCAGGAAUUUCCUACAAGAUCUCUUCUCACAACAUGAAAAACAAAUCACUGAUGAAAAACUGGAUGACUACACUGACACAAUGAUGAAACUCUUUGACAAGAAUAAAGAUGGUCGUCUGGAUCUGAAUGACUUGGCAAAGAUUCUUGCACUUCAAGAAAAUUUCCUUCUGCAGUUUAAAAUGGAUGCAAGUAGUCAAGAUGAAAGAAAAAGAGACUUUGAAACCAUAUUUGCCCAUUAUGAUGUAAGCAAAACAGGAGAACUGGAAGGUCCCGAAGUAGAUGGAUUUGUGAAAGACAUGAUGGAACUAGUGAAGCCAAGUAUUAGCGGGGUGGAUCUCGAUAAGUUCCGUAAAAUUCUACUGAACCAUUGUGAUGUCAACAGGGAUGGCAAAAUCCAGAAGUCGGAGCUGGCACUGUGUCUUGGUCUGAAAGUAAGCCUAUGAGCCCCAGAGAACUCAACUCCUUGUGCCUCUUAUGCCAGAACAUGCUGGUCUGAAAUUAACCAUGCUCUGCUUCAGAACCUUGUCCCACUGGUCAUUGUGGAAGUUAGGAGUAUCUGCAGCUAAAAUGAAUGAGCAGUUCCAACACAAAUGAGUGCAUGACAGGCUUUUUAUGAAUCCAAGUUUGUUUCUACUGGAAUUAUUUUUAUUCUAUUAUUACAAAAUAAAAGCUCCUUUAAAAUAUUGUUCUUGAGGUCAACGAUACCCAUUGAUUUCUGCCAUGCCAUACUGGCUCUGGACAGUUGCACAACUUUUUCAUCUAUGAAUCAAUGGCAAACGAUGUAAAAAAAAAAACACAGUUUUUUAUUACAGAGCAAUGCACACACUGUAUGGUGUUACACAAAAGUUGCAGGCAAUAGCAGCUUAUCUUGCAUUAAUUAUUGCAUUUGGCAUUUCUAUGGUGAGACAGUUGUGCAACAGUGAAAGCUUUGCUUCAGUGGACUUGAAGUUGCAGUGUAGCCCCAGACUAAUAAUAUGUAAUUUAGUCAUGUCAAUGUAAAUCUUGUAACAUUUGUUGAAAGUAUGACAUUCAGUUUACAGUAAAUGGAAAAAAAAUGCAUGUAUUUGUCAUUUAGUGCUGAUGUGGAGUAAUAAAGUUGUAUGUUUUUUUUC